AUGAAUUUGGGACCCAAUGAAUCCCAGAGGAUGUACAAAUUCCUCUGGGCGAAUUAUAGGGGUUCUGUGGUAUUUAAAGAAAUUAAAUAAGUGACUUAAUAAAGAAUUGACGAAAAAACCAAAACACAGUGAUUUUGGUUCUAAUUUGGCUGUCUUCCUUUGGAAGGUCUGACCAUCCAUGAGGUAUCUUCCAAUACCACGGUAAAACCAGAAAAACCGAAACCCAUCGCCCUCGAGUCGAAAGGUUAUUUUUACAGCACUCUGAGGUCUUAAAGAAGUGGGGUCUGUUUGAACUUCAUCUGUGCCCGCCUUGGGUCCACUUGGUCUCGCCUAGCACUUGUAGUUCCAACAAGUGAGCUGGGCAUGCUCAGUGGGCAGGGUCGGUUUUGAGGGGUGCACCGGGAAGCCUGCUGUUCUGCUGCCAGGGCUCUCCGCCUCCCCCGACCUGUAAGUGACUGGGCUUGAGGAGACUGUACUCAGCAUCCUACCCCCUGUUGCUAAGGCUUGGUCUUCCCUGCGGUCCCUGCGCUGACAUUCAGGCGGGGGGUCAGAAGGCCAAGCUCGCCUCCAGAGCGCGGGGAAGCCCGGCGAGGGCUCUGAGUUCCGACGGGCGGGCCCCAGGGGUCCGCCGGCCUCCUAGAUGUGCUUCUAGGCCCAGAGAAACCAGCCUGUUGGGAGUGUCGAGUGGAGGAAGCCAGAUCCGGGGGCGGGCGACAAGAUACCAGGCUAAGAAAUGGCAUUUCAGAAGGCAGUGAAAGGGACUAUUCUUGUUGGAGGAGGUGCUGUUGCAACUGUUUUAGGCCUCUCUCAAUUUACUCAUUACAGAAGGAAGCAAGUGAAUGUGGCAUAUGUUGAAGCAGCAGAGCACAUAACAGAACCUGUUAAUAGGGAGCCUCCCUCCAGAGAAGCUCAGUUACUGACUUUGCAAAACACAUCUGAAUUUGAUAUCCUUGUCAUUGGAGGAGGAGCAACAGGAAGUGGCUGUGCACUAGAUGCUGUCACCAGAGGACUAAAAACAGCCCUUGUAGAGAGAGAUGAUUUCUCAUCAGGGACCAGCAGCAGAAGCACUAAAUUGAUCCAUGGUGGUGUGAGAUAUCUUCAGAAGGCUAUCAUGAAGUUGGAUAUUGAGCAGUAUAGGAUGGUAAAAGAAGCCCUUCAUGAGCGUGCCAACCUUCUAGAAAUUGCUCCCCAUUUAUCAUCUCCAUUACCUAUAAUGCUUCCAGUUUACAAGUGGUGGCAGUUACCUUACUACUGGGUAGGAAUCAAGCUAUAUGAUCUGGUUGCAGGAAGUAAUUGCCUGAAAAGCAGUUACGUCCUUAGCAAAUCAAGAGCCCUUGAGCAUUUUCCAAUGCUCCAGAAGGACAAACUGGUAGGAGCGAUUGUCUACUAUGAUGGACAACACAACGAUGCACGGAUGAACCUUGCCAUUGCUCUCACUGCUGCCAGGUACGGGGCUGCCACAGCCAAUUAUAUGGAGGUUGUGCGCUUGCUCAAGAAGACGGACCCUGAGACAGGAAAGGAGCGCGUGAGCGGCGCACGGUGCAAGGAUGUGCUCACAGGGCAGGAAUUUGAUGUGAGAGCCAAAUGUGUUAUCAAUGCCACGGGACCUUUCACAGACUCCGUGCGCAAAAUGGAUGAUAAGAGCGCCGCAGAUAUCUGCCAGCCAAGUGCUGGUGUCCAUAUUGUGAUGCCUGGUUAUUACAGCCCAGAGAACAUGGGACUUCUUGACCCAGCCACCAGUGAUGGGCGAGUUAUUUUCUUCUUACCCUGGCAAAAGAUGACGAUAGCUGGCACUACCGAUACUCCAACUGAUAUUACAAACCAUCCUAUUCCUUCAGAAGAAGAUAUCAACUUCAUUUUGAAUGAAGUGCGUAACUACCUGAGUUGUGAUGUUGAAGUGAGAAGAGGGGAUGUUCUGGCAGCGUGGAGUGGUAUUCGCCCUCUUGUUACAGACCCCAAAUCUGCAGAUACGCAGUCAAUCUCCCGAAAUCACGUUGUUGAUGUCAGUGACAGUGGCCUUAUCACUAUAGCAGGUGGAAAGUGGACAACUUAUCGAUCCAUGGCCGAAGAUACUGUAGAUGCUGCUGUCAAGGUUCACAGUUUGAAAGCAGGACCAAGCAGAACAGUUGGGCUUUUCCUCCAAGGGGGUAAAGACUGGAGCCCUACCCUCUACAUUAGGCUUGUCCAGGAUUAUGGACUUGAAAGUGAGGUGGCACAACAUCUUGCCGCCACGUAUGGGGACAAGGCUUUUGAGGUGGCCAAAAUGGCAAGUGUGACUGGAAAAAGGUGGCCCAUUGUUGGAGUGCGUCUUGUGUCAGAAUUUCCAUAUAUUGAAGCUGAGGUGAAAUAUGGGGUUAAGGAGUAUGCCUGCACUGCUGUGGAUAUGAUUUCGCGUCGCACUCGACUCGCCUUUCUAAAUGUCCAGGCAGCAGAGGAAGCCCUGCCUAGGAUUGUUGAACUGAUGGGCAGAGAACUGAAUUGGAGUGAUCGUAAGAAAGAGGAAGAACUUGAAACAGCUAGGAAGUUUCUAUAUUAUGAAAUGGGCUAUAAAUCUCGAUCAGAACAACUAACAGAUCGCUCUGAAAUUAGCCUACUGCCUUCAGACGUUGACAGGUACACGAAGAGAUUUCAUAAGUUUGAUGCAGAUCAAAAAGGCUUUAUUACCAUCGUUGAUGUUCAGCGUGUAUUAGAGAGUAUCAACGUCCAAAUGGAUGAAAAUACAUUACAUGAAAUUCUGAAUGAAGUAGAUUUGAAUAAAAAUGGACAGGUUGAACUUAAUGAAUUCUUGCAGCUGAUGAGUGCCAUUCAAAAAGGAAGAGUGUCUGGAAGCCGGCUUGCUAUACUAAUGAAAACUGCAGAAGAGAACCUUGACAGAAGAGUUGUGAUUCCAGUGGACCGUAGUUGUGGAGGAUUGUGAGUCUGAGCAGUAAAUCCACAGCCAACAAAUGUAGGAACAACAGAUCACCAUGUAACAACCAGAGAUGGCUUAUACCACUCCAAGAUAGUGGAUAUGGAUAGCUGCCUUUUUUAACACUGAGGAACAUUCCAAAGCUUUAGGACACUGGUGUGUGCCCUUUAUUUGUAUUUGUCAUUCACUCUAGCUUCCAAAAUUUGUAUUUUAUCUUUUUUCUCAUUUUCAGUGUGCACUGAUUUCAUGUUUUACAUCCAUCUUGUGACCUGUUAGACUGGUCAUACUCCUUUGUUUGUUUAUUCACAUACUCUAAAUCAGUUCUAGAGGCAGAAUAUUUUGGCAGAAAUUGGGAGAAGAAGCUGGAAAGAUUUCAUGCACAAAGCUCUGGAUGUGUUAAGCUUGUAGGUAGAAUUUGUUCUUAAAAGAAGUGGAGUGGGAAGUGACCCCUAUUGAAAUGAUAGUGUUUCUGGAGAUUUCUCCACCCGUUCUUCCUCUAGCUUGUCUGCCUUCCUCAUCGAAAUAAUAUUUCACAAUAUUAUAUCUAGAGUAUGACUGGCAAAACUGGAGAGGGAAGAAAAGUUUAGAUCUGGUUACAGGAGCUCAUCACACAGAGAAGCUCUGAAAGCUUCCAGAAUCACAGGUAUAAGAUAAGGAUAGCACUGACAUUUGCUGGGAGUUACAGUGAUAGUUUCAUCUCAGCAGUUCUAUUUUUUUUUUUUUUUCUUCCCCAGUCACUGUUGGUUUUCUCUGACUCUUAUUUUUGCCAGGAACAUCCUUGUUUUUCUAAUUUAAAACCAGCAUUUAACUGGCAGGUUGGAUGUAAUGACAUGAGACCAGAUUUCUCAAAUCUUUACAGUAGUAGUAAAUUUAAGGGUUAGAAAAAGUGCUUAUAUAUCCACCUAUAUGAUAACACAAUUUUCAAUGCGCAAAUCCUAGUUUUUGGAGCAUGUGGUAUUGUCAAAUAUAGCCUAUUUUGGUUAGUUGAUUGCAUCAUUUUUUAGGUGUUUGCAAACAAAUGUAAAAGAAGACAGAAAUAGAUUUUAGUUAAUUUUAUUUGUAAUUAUGUACAAAAAGGCACAACACUGCAUUAUUCAAGUUUAUUUUGGUUGCUUAAAGUUUUUUUUGCCUUUUGCCCUCAAUGGAAAAACUUCUCAAUCAACCAAAACUAAACAUAAAAACACAGCACACACGCGUGCACACACACACAGCAGUCUGCAUUGAAUUUAACAAGUAAUGAAUUGAAUUUAAAGACACAUUUGGAAUGCUUUUGCUAUAUUUUGGUGGCAUUUUAACUAGGGUCAUCCAAAUAUUCAUUGUGCUUCCUCUUGUGAAGUUAACUACCUACCACUUUAGUUUACUUAAGAUCAGGUUCUGUAUAUCAUAAGAAAUGUAACACUUUAUUUCAUGGCAGAUUUUCAUUGUGCAGACUUGAGGUCUUAGUUUUUAAACAGGUACAUAAAACACUUUCGUGCUGUCAUUUCUAUUUGUGUCAGCAUUGUAGAAUAUCUGUAUGCCUCACCCAAGUGGAUCACGAGCCUGUAAGUCACAAUAUAAACACUGGAGGUUCACUUACUUAAGCCCUUACCCUCAUCCCCAGCUGAAACAAACAGAAACCGCAGGGAAAGACAGCGUCUUAACUCAUUUUACUUUUAAGUGGAGUUUAGAUACUUGCCACUUCUUAAAGAAACACCAGAAACAGCGAGUGAUGCUCCCAGGUAUCACUGUGAACUGUUUAUUUCAAGGUGUGAAUGUUUUACACUGGUCUUCGUUUGCGCACGCUUUGCUGUGAGUAAAGUUCCUUUAAGGGCAAAGAAAAGCACAUUUUUCUUCUUUUGAGCAUAUCUGCAUUUGCCUAAAAUCUGCUUAAUUCUAAAGCAUACACUCCUUCACCAAUCCCAGAGACCUGUCUUGGAAGUGAACUGGUUCCAAGCCUUUACUGUGAAUAAAGCAUCCCGGCAUUUUAGUGUAAGUUCUUAAUUAAGCCUUUACAGCAUCUUUACCUGAUUUAAGAAGAGAGAAAAAGAAAUAGGGGAGUAAGCCCAUUCAAAACUCAUCCCAAGCAUAAAGUAAUGAUUUUUUUUCCCUUUUCAUAUAAAUGUGAUAUUAGAUGACUUGGAGUGGGGGUGGGGUGCACAGGGAUUGUCUUUUGUCAUCAAGUGAUUUAUUUCAAGAGCCUUUAAGGGGAUUCAGGUGAAGGAACCCCCAUUUGUGGUGGAGAGUUGGAAAUACUCCUUGAAAUAGCCCCCUUCACAGUCAUAAUAAUAGUGAUAAUGCUGGAUUAUUUCCCAAGCCAAGACUGUCUGCCUCAUAUCCGUCAUGCUGUUUGCAAUAUUCUUAUUCUCAAUCAAUUUAUACUGAGUGUAACUUUAAGAUUUCUACUGUCAAAUGCAUGCUCCUUAUUCUUCUUUAGUUUCUGGCUUUGUUUUGUCUGUUUCACAAUAUGUAGCUUCCUCUUUUGUACAACAACAAAAAUUUCCUUCUGACUUUUACUAAGUAUAAGUAAGGGUGAUCAUUGAUUUUAUUUCCCUCUUUUUUAUGUACUUGUAAAGAUUUUUGGCAUACGAAUGUGAUAAUGUUGAAGUUGAUGAAGUUAUUAUAACUUGCACUGUUUUGCAUUCUAUCAAUCCUUUUUAGGGAGUGAAAAAAGCCCUACUGUGUUUUUAAUGAGCAUCAAAUAUAAGCCCAGUACUGGAGUGGAUACACUGCAUGUUUUCACAUGUGGCACUUUUAUGUUUUGUGUUGGGUCAUUGUUCUAGAUUGGACUGUUAAAUGCUAUGUUUGAGGCUGGGUUGUCAUUUUUAUAACUGUCUCAGUGUUUUAUUGCCAUUAUUUAUUACUUUUGAUAUACAGAAUGAGCUGCAUGCAUUUAUAGAGCAAUAAGAGGAUGUAUUUAAUGUGCCUUGUUUUUACCGAAUAAGAACUGAAAGCAUGAAUCAAUAAAACUGAUUAAAAUGGUCCAUUUGCUGGCAUUUUGAUGUUACAUGCAGUCAGAGAAAUAACUGAUUAGUGUUGAAGUUUAAAAAAAAAAGUUUGAAAAUAUUUUGACAAACUGUAAGCUUAAUGACACACAUUAAUUCUCUUAGCUUGGAAUUUUGUAAUUUUAAUCUCAAAAGGGGAUUCUCUGCAUAGACAGAUGUAAUUUUAUGAGACUGCCACAAUUAUUUGUAUUAAUUUGUUGCUGGAGCCUUUAGGGCAUGACUUCUGUAUUUGUGCAAUCCUAUUCUAAAAUUACAUUUGUCUGGUACAACUCUGUUGGAUCCUUUUUCUUCUUCUUUCUUUCCUUUUUUUUUUUUUUUUGGUCAACCAGAGCCUUUCAGCCUAAGCAUUACCAGGCACACUGAUGAAUUUUAUCAUAACUAAAAUCAAUAGGAAUGAAUGGGAAAGAUUACAUAAUCCAUUUUGAUCAUCUUACAUGUCAAGUUAGUGCAGAGUUGCCAAGUGUUGAUAAAUGCUCUAACAGAAAAAAUGCUAUAUAUUUUCAUUGUCAGUAAAUCAGUAAAGCUGUUAUCAGUCUUAACACAAAUUUUAUAAUGCCCAUGUUAUUUUAUAGGUUUUAAUUUACACACAUACAGGGAGCAUGUUCUCCAUUUGUGGUUAAGAUGUGCUGCCUCCUGGUUGUGUAUGCUCAAAGACAUACGUGAGCUUCUGAAGGUGCUUUGAAAUUGUAUAGAAUCCCCAAAGCGAUGGCUCCCAGACAGACUUGUAGCAAUGAACUGUUUGUUCCAGGCCUGGAAAAAAUAUAUAUAGUAGCUCCAAACAUUUCCAUUGAUGUAGCUUAUCAAAUUUUAUAGGACUUUAAAAUUUGUCAACAUAAAAUUUGUCAAAAUACAUUGCUCCCAGUUUUCAAAAUGUAGAAAAUUUAUGGUAAUCAAAGAAAGGGAAAUAUGAUAGAAACAUUGAUAUGUUGCAGUCUGUGUCAACACUGCAUUAUCACUGGUGUCAGAUUUCACCUGAUGACAUUUGACUUAUGAAGGAAGAAAACAGCAGAAGUUUUAAACUGAUGUGACAUCUUUCUAAUGAGAGAAUUUCUGUAUAGGGGGCGGAGAUGAUGAGCCUUUUGUACCUGUACUUUAUGUCUUAGGUCUCUAAUUAGCUACCUAACUUGUGAAAUAAAUGCACAUAAUAUGA